GGAGCGCCUUCUGCACAGCAGCGGAGAGAGAAAAAGAUCAAAGCGGUUCAGUAGAGGAUUAUUAAUAAAUAAACGAGUGUGUGUGAGUGGGUGAGUGUGUGUGAGUGGGUGAGUGUGUGUGAGUGGGUGAGUGUGUGUGUGGAUGAUGUGGUGAAUGUACCGAUGAUGACUCUGCUGUGGAUUUAACUCGGUUCCGUGUUCGGUGUGGAUCAGAGGAAACUUGAUCGCGGGUGGAUCGGAUGAUCGGGUGAUCAGGAGUGGAGAGUCUGUUGCAGGUUAAAGAUGGACGAGGCAGAAAAAUACCAGAAGAGAUUACAGGCUAUAGCAGAGAAGCGGCGACUGCUGGAAGAAGAGGAGCGAGCAAAACGACAACAGGAGGAUGAAAAACUACGACUACAACAACUCAGAAGAAAGUCCCUGAGGGAUCAGUGGUUGAUGGAAGCAACUCCGCCCUCUCCGAACAGUUCGGGACCUCAGUCGCCCCCCUGGAGUCCCAGAGUCCAGCAGAUCGAAGAGCACGUGGACAAGUUACAGAGCGACACUUUAGAACAGAAACAUGUCCGCAUGGACGAGGCUUCGGAGUCGACCCCGUCGCACACACAUCACCACGGCAACGGAGAGAAAGUGCUGAAGGAGAGAACUGAGACUCCGCCCCCGACAGGAAGUUUGUUGAACUCUGAUGAUUUGAACAGCGAUGAAGAACACGACGACUCUUCACCAGCCUCGUCCCUCACCAACUGCACCAACGCAGAGGAGAAAUCCCACGAUGCCAAUCUGCACCAUGUUACCGACGUCAGCAACGGCGUAGAGACGCUCCUUUUCCUGGGAUACACGGAGGCCGAGCCUGGACAGGGUCUCUGUGAGGAGGAGCACGAGAGCGCAGCCGUCAUCAGGGCCGAACGAGUGAUCAUUACCGACGAGGGAGAGGAAGUGGAGCUCCACCAGGAGGAAACACAGGCCGAGGAGGACCAGGUGGAGGACCAGGUGGAAGAUUCAGAAAAACGGGAGGAAACACAGGCCGAGGAGGACGAGGUGGAGGACCAGGUGAAGGACGAGGUGGAGGACGAGGAAGAUUCAGAAAAACAGGAGGAAAAAGAGGAGGAGGAAGAGGCUGAGGCUUUAAAUAAUCUAGAAGAUUCUUCAAAGGAAGGAGAAGCUCCAGAAAGAGGAGAAGAUCCUACAGACCCCAGCAGAGAAAUCGACGUGUUUGUAAAAAUAAACACAAUCGUUACUGAAACAACAAACGCAGACGUUACCGUGGAUACACAUGCUGAACACGCCAGCACAGUUGUAAUAAACACGCCCAAAAUCAUAAAUGUCGACCCCAAAGAGAAAACCAUAAAAGCUGAAGAUAAACCGUCAGUCCCGGAUCCGUCCGGCUCUACCGAAGUGGAACGAGCGAUCUCAGGACUCUUGGAUACACUAACACCACCGCAGUACCACUCCCAAACACCAGAGGGCGCCACACGUGCUCCCGAGACACAGAGCACUUCAGCAUCGAAAAACAACGGCACCCAGAAGUCUCCGGGUCCCUCAUCGCCCUCAGCACAGUUCCAGGAAAUACCACUAGAUGGCACCCCGGUGGAGGAGGAGCCGCUGCUGGCCACGAGAGUCGAACCGCUGAUGGACGGGACCAAUCAGAAGGGAGCGGACACGCCCAAAACGAAGAGCUGCAAGUGCUGCACGGUCAUGUGACCUCAGUGCUUUGAUCUCAACACACACAAAGAGACGAUAUAUCACAACAUCGUGAAGGAAAUUAUUAGAGAAACAUUAUUUCUGCAUUUUCUCCCAGUUUAGUCAUAGCCGGAUCCUCUUCCUCUGCUGGAGACCCCGAUGGUGUACGAGGAGGGUAUAUUCUCCUGACACGCCCUCUUUCCAACCCCUUCUUAUCCCCCCGUGGAUCGGCGCGCGAGGUCGGUGUCACACAGGGAGAGUCACGCACUGAUCUCCAAGUUCCUCCACUUCUGUACAGGCGCCUCGGCUACUAACCAGGGUCCUAAUACAACCUUGAAAUCAUUUACAUUUUCUGUAUUAACAGCGAGUUACGGUAUAUUCUCUAAGCAAUCAAGGGUUAAGGGCCUUUCUCAAGGGCCCAACAGCGGCAACCUGGCAAUGGUGGGACUUGAACCAGCGACCUUCUGAUUACAAAGUCUAGUUCCUUAACCUUAACCUCUAGGCUACAACUGCUAAUCACAUCUCACCUGAUCGACUUCAAGUCAUGAUGGUGUGAUUUCUUAUUUUUUAUAUUUUCUAUAAAAUCUGAAUCUUUGUUUUAAUUUGUUUAAUUUUAAAGAAUUAACAUUUAACUUUAUAUUCUUUUAUUCGUCUUAUUUUUGAUGUAAUCAGAUCAGAACAUAAGCAGUUUUAGUUCCUCUGUGUUUUAAAUCAUUGCAGCGUCACGUUUGACUUAUUUAGAACGAUAUCAUUAGUGUAUAAUUAUAAUUAGUUUAAUAAUCUUAUUAUUAUUAUUUACUGUAUUAGGUGGGGCGGUGUGAGUGCACGUCCUGUUGUACAUAUUUAACACUCUCGGGGGCGCUACACUCACCCACACAUCAGCUUCCACGUUCAGAUUGAAUUCAGUGGAGAUCCAAUGACGUGUUAUAAACAGCAAUGUCGUGACAUCCCGGAGAUAAACACACCCAAGCUCCGAGUGUAGAGCAGACACAGUAGAGCAGACACAGCGCCCUCUGCUGUACUGAUCUGAACACUGUACUGUUAUGUGGUGAAUUCUCUACUGUGCUUUGGACACGUUUAGGAUCGUAUGUUUCUGUAUCUGUAAUAAACACAAUAAACGACUGUUUAAUUAUAAUAACAUCUGUAAUCAGAGCCGAUGAACAAUCACACAGCCUGUCCUGUGUGUGUGUGUGUGUGUACAGUAUAUACAUGAUAGUGUGGAAGUUAAAUAUGCAGUUAAUUUAAUAAAAAACGUUUAAUAUUAAA